GUUCAGAUGUGAUAUCAGACCGUGAGGGGCAGGACGUGCUAUUAGCAGGAAGUCAUUUCAUAUACAUUUUGUUCGGAGAGCAAAUAGGUGUGCAUCAGAAAGCUUUCCUCUACAAAUAAAAUAAUACUUUACUUCAGUACUUGAAACACUCGAGACAAUGGCCGAAGAAAACAGUGCGUGUGCCAAGGGCUUCGUCGAUAGCAGCAUUCAUGUCGACGUCAAGGAUUAUUAUGGCAAGGUGCUGAAGAAAACCUCUGACCUGAAGAGCAAUGCCUGUGUGGCUCCAGCUCAGCCCAUUCCUGCCUUCAUCCGCCAGGCUCUGAAGAAAGUGCACCCUGAAGUCACCGCCAGGUACUAUGGCUGUGGUCUGGUGGUGCCAGAGUGCUUGGAGGGCUGCAGGAUCCUGGACCUGGGCAGCGGGAGUGGGAGGGACGUGUACAUGCUGAGUGAGCUGGUAGGCGAGAAGGGCCACGUCACUGGCAUUGACAUGACUGAGGACCAGCUUGACGUGGCCAGGACGUAUGUGGACUAUCACACGAAAGAGUUUGGCUUCAAGAAGCCCAAUGUGAGUUUUGUCCAGGGCUACAUCGAGGCUCUAACAGAAGCGGGUCUGGAAAAUAGCUCCUUUGAUAUCAUUAUUUCCAACUGUGUGGUGAAUCUCUCUCCAGACAAGAAGCGAGUACUGGCUGAAGCCUACAGUGUGCUCAAGGAUGGUGGUGAGCUGUACUUCAGUGAUGUCUACAGCAGUGGAAGAUUAACAGAGGAAAUAAAAAAUCAUAAAGUCCUCUGGGGCGAGUGUAUUGGUGGAGCGCUCUGGUGGAAGGAUCUGCUGCAGUUGGCAGAAGAAGUUGGUUUCAGCCCGCCACACCUUGUUACAGCCAGCGUCAUCACCGUGGACAACAAAGAGCUGCAGGACAUCCUUGGCGACUUCAAGUUUGUCUCUGCCACAUACCGCCUGUUCAAGGUCCCUAAAGGCGCCACCAAGCCCUGUCAGGUCAUAUAUAAUGGGAGCAUUACAGGAGUAGAGGACAGCUUCCAGUUUGACACUCAGUUCACAUUCAAGGUGGAUGAAGUGGUGGAGGUUGAUGGAGAAGUGGCCACCAUACUGACCCAUUCCAGAUUCAGGGAAGAUUUCACUUUCCAGCCUCAGGGAGGCCCCCGUGAGUCCUGCGGAGUCAAACCUAAGGCGGGCACUGUGGAUCCCUUCCAGCUGGUCCUUCAGCUGGGGAAACAACAGCCAGGUUCAGCCACAGGGGGAUGCUGCAGCACUCAGUCUGCCUGCUGCAAGUGAUGGUGUGAAGAGCACUCAGAAAUACAGCCCCAUCAUGAUAUAUAGCAUAAUAACAAAAGCGCAAAUGUCCUGACAUUAUGCUUCAUUCGGUGCUAUUAUGUCGUGCCAUAUUAACAUUUGAAAUUAUGACUUUAAUUUAUGUGAAUAAUAAUGUUCCAUAAAUGAAAUGACUUUGGCUUUGUAUCAAGGCAAAAUCAAGAUGCUCACACAUUCAAAACGUGUGCACAAUCUUCUUAUAAGGCUAUCAUUUUCAUAUUUCUUAACAAUCCUAGACAUCUGCAUUUUCUUAUACGUGUCAUUGAAUUCUUUUAUUGGGACUUUUCCAUCUUUAUUAUAUAAAAAAGCCUUUUUCUGUAACACCUCUAAUUGAAUUCAUUCGUUAAGGGAGUAUAUUGCCAUAAGUGUUUUAGUGCACUGCUUUAUUAAUUGUUUUGUGUUAUAUAUUUUAUUAUAAUAAAUGCUGUCAAUCAAUCUAA